ACGUAAUUAACCAAAAAUGCAAUAAUCUAUAAGGUACUAUAUAAGCUUGUCUUUCCUCAAUUCCGCCAUUCAAAAGGGAAAAGGAAGGGUAAAAGAGCGCGAAAACCCUAGCUUACAGUCUCUAGCUCCGGUAUGUCAAUUCCACCGGAAUCUCCCUCUGAACAUAACGAAGAAGCACCGGAACAAGAAUUUCAGAGCAGUACUCAUCACCCUCCUGCUCCUUCUGGUGAGCUAUUUGAUAUAACAACCACAGUUGAUCCGGCUUAUAUAAUAUCUUUGAUCCGGAAUCUCCUAUCAGAAAAUGUGAAGCAUGGAGAAAGAAGCAAGAUAACCACAUCUUCUCCUCCUGAGAAUGAAGGAGACCAGAGCUGGUCUAUUGAUGAGUCUAAAAAUAUGAAGAAUGUUGAAACUUUUGUCAAACAAUCAGUAGAUGACAAGUUCUAUUGCCAAAAUGAGCGUGAGGAUGUGGCAGUAGGAGAAGAGGCUUGGGAAGAGUUUGGCUGCAUUUUAUGGGAUCUAGCAGCUAGUAAAACUCAUGCUGAAUUCAUGGAAAGAAGAAGAGGAGGUUUCUUGUGUAGAUACUGGCAUCCAGUUUUUCUGUUUCAGAUGGUUGGUGCUUGGUGUACCCUGCUGUAUAUUGUCUAUACAAGCUUCCAGCAGCUUAGGAAAGAAACUUCCCAUUUGGAUGAUCAAAGCUUUAUAAACUUAUCCAAAGAAAAAGAGGAUCAGGGGUCGGUUGAAAACUUUGCCCUAGAAGUGCUUUUGGCGACUCUGAUGGUCUCAAAAUCUGCACGAAUUACUGAAAUCAACCUUGGUAUUAUUGGGAACCUAGCUUGCCAUGAUGUCUCACGGAAAAAAAUCACUACUACGGAUGGUCUGAUUGGAGCAGUACUGCAACAAUUGUUUCUAGAUGACACAGCAUGUCUCUGUGAAGCAUGCCGGCUGAUAACUUUAUUUCUUCCAAGCAACGAAUGUGGUUUUUUGGCAGAAGCACUGCAACCUGAACAUAUUUUAUGUCGUAUUUUAUGGAUUGUAGAGAACACUUUGAACAUUCAGCUUCUUGAGAAGAGCAUUAAUCUUCUCUUAGCAAUAGCAGAAAGUAAGCAGGAUGUGGUUGCGAUACUGCUACCACCACUGAUAAAAUUAGGUCUCCCACGCAGUCUGGUUGAUCUCCUAUCUGUUGAGAUAAGCAAGUUAACCCCUGAAGAAAGAUUACCUGAAAGGUAUUCCAUUCUAGAUUUGAUUCUUCAGACUGUUGAAGCGCUUUCAGUCAUUGAUGAUUAUUCACAAGAAAUCUGCUCAAACAAGGAACUCUUCCAACUACUUGUUCAAUUGAUCAAGCAUCCAGAUAAAGCUGAGUUUGCCAACUCUUGUGUUACUGCUUCAGUUUUGACAGCAAAUAUUCUGACUGAUGUAACUGAUCUGGCUUUAGAGAUAUCACAGGAUACACUUUUCUUAGAGGGUCUACUUGGUGUGUUUCCUUUUGCUUCUGAUGAUACUGAAGCACGGAGCGCAAUUUGGAGCAUUCUUGCAAGGUUGCUGGUGCGAAUUCAAAAAACUGAUCCGUCAAAUCUGCACCAGCAUGUCUCAGUUCUCACAAGCAAGUCAGAGGUGGUUGAGGAUGAACUUCUUAUCUAUGAUGUUGAUGAUUCCAGGGAAGACCAUAGAAGUUCCACCAAAUUAACAGCAAGAACAUUUGCUCUAAAUGGAAUUGUUGAAAUUUUAAGUCGAUGGAGAACCCUUGACGACCACAUGAAGGGAACCCUUUCUAUGGAAGGAUGCUAUGUGAAUGAAGGAGAAGUUGAUAAAAUGUUGUACUACUGUUACAAAUACACCAAUAAAUGACACAGGUAUAUCGCCGGAGGAGAACUCAAGAAUGAUCCAACUAUUGACUGAUAAAUUUAACACGAUGAAGAAAGAUGCAUGCUCAUCAUUUAUCUGGGCAAUCUACGGGUAUUCGGUAAAACAGCUAAAAGGGAAUGACCUCACUUCAGGCUAUCUCUCUGAAAAUACCCGUGGAGAAGUGGUUUGGCUGAUGUUGUAGAAGUGGCACAAAAUACAAGUGUUGGCUUGGUUUAACAUCCUUGAGAAUCUCUUCUUCACUCGCAAUACAUGGUGCUGAUUGAUUCUAUGAGCUGUCGUCUCGGCUUGCUGUUUAGGUAUCUGGCCUCUAGCUGCUCGGGAGUUAUCACUAAUGAACUACAGGAAACUUAAGUAGCUUCAAAACUGUCCCAUGUAGAGGUUAUCGCCAUUCCAUCCCACAAUUCUUGUAGAUAGUUCCAGAGCGUUGUGCAGUUUACCCGAUUCACUGUCUACUUGUGGAAUAGUUCCAGAGGUCGGCGAUGACACAGUUGCAUCUAUGAUGAAAUUGUGCAGGACUCGGAGUCCAAUUUUGCUGCAUGAUGCUUCGUCUUAUGGAAAGGAAAAACACGUCCAGUACUACCGCUCAUAUCGUGGACAAACUAAAACUUGUUUUCCUGAUCUUCUAUGAGAAGAAACUGAUUUCUAACUUGCUUGUUCAUAUAAUUUUGCAUUUGGUGGUCAAUGGAAAGAGCAAAUAUUAUUUUAUGAUA